AUGAGCCUUCCUCUGUUCAUCUCUAUCGUCUCGCUCUUCUGGCUCGCUCUCCACCGCUACCUCAAGACGUCAACGCGUGCUCGAUCAUUACUUCCUUCGCAUGCGCUGACGCGCCGCACGCACUCAGACAUCACUCUCAAGGGCGUGUACCUCCACUACGAGUACACAGGGCUCAAUGUUGUACAUGCAAGACUUGGAAGAUGGAUGGCGGAUGGAAGUCGUAGGAGUCUACGACGCGUGGUCGUGGGCGUCUACGAGGUUGGGGUGGUCCUGGGGAUAUUGGGGAUGGUCGUCGGACUUGGGCUUAUGGGAAGGAUAGCAAUAAGCCUUUCGGGACAGCUACUAGCUACUACCGACACACAAUACAAUCAUGAUUCUGUCACGAAUGCAUCAAUGGGAUUGUUUAAACGCACCCUUGUUGAGGAUGCCGCUGUCCAACCAGUCGGGAUGGCGCCUACUACAUCUGCGCUUGAUGUGCAUCUACUCAUACCCGGCGUGACCCUCCCUUGGUCAGCUAUGAUACCUCUGUUCUUCGCGCUUGCUUUCUCGCAGGCAUUUCAUGAAGCUGGGCAUGCCAUCUGUGCCGCACUUGACCGCAUCCAGCUGUCAUCGACAGGCUUCUCCCUAACGCUUCUAAUUCCGGCGUUCUUCGUGGCACUACCUACCCCACUUCCAGCUCGUAGUGCGCCACGCAUCGCUGCAGCUGGCGCACUACACAACCUACUCCUAUUCGUCAUCUUCAGUAUACCGCUAUCGACCCUUUGGACCCAAGAUGUCUCAACGCGCGGAGCCGGCAUCGUCGCCGUCGACGGGGAUAUAUACGAUGGAUUGGCCGAUGUCCUAACUCCCGGGGAUAUCGUAGCCAGUCUUGAUGAUACCUCGCUUGCUGGAACCGGCACAGAAGCCUGGGAAGCGUACUUCGCGCGCUCUCAGACGACUGCCGACAAUGUGCCAUGGUGUGUCGACUCCGAAGUAUUCGCCACACAGCCCACGUCAGCGAAGUGCGAAGGAGGGACGAUCCUAUUUGGGGCACUCAACGCAGAAGGAGCCAUACCGGAGGGACAGACACGUUGUCUUGAUCCAGUGCCCAUCAUGGCAAGCGAACUUACGAGACGUUGUCCGUGUGGCCCAGGAAGCGUAUGCGUGCGCCCUGCACCAUCGGAGCCACCAAUUAUGCGCAUCCAGUUGGAGGAUGGACAUGUCGUACUUUGGCGCGGGCCGAAAAACGAAGUGUAUGAGCAAGUGGAGGUCGCGGAUCGUCUGCCGAGACUUGGCGGAGGCCCGCUCGGCCUUGGCUACAUCCUUACAGAUGCUGCAUCCACCUUCGCUAUCUACGUCCGUGCAUUAACGCUCUCGCUAUACCUGUUCAACUUGCUCCCUUUGCCCCGACUAGACGGUGCCCAACUACUGGACUCUAUACUGGACCUGUGGACUACCAGGCGCGAUACGCGAAUCGAAGUGGAGCUCGACGACGUAGAGCGGGGCGAUGGCACUAACCUUCCUGAGAAGAAAGCAAUGCAUGGACGGCGUACGACCUGGGCACAAGGGCUUGCACGCGGAGUGCGCGGUAUCGCUAUCGGACUACUUGUAUCCUGUAUCAUCUUAGGUCUAUUGACCGGAAUAAAAGAUGGGCUAUCAUAA